UACCGAGUUCGCAAUCCGAUCCACCCCACUGGGCCCAUCCAUAUUUACCAAGGUCACAAUCAUAUUCACCUAACUGGGCCCAUCCCUAUCUACCGAAGUCACAAUCCCAUUCAUCUAACUGGGCCCAUCCCAAUCUACCGAGUUCACGAUCCUAUCCACCUCACCGGGCCCAUCCCUAUCUACCGAGUUUGCAAUCUUAUCUACCUAACUGGGCCCAUCCAUAUCUACCGAAGUAACACUCCCAUUCAUCUAACUGGGCCC